AUGGUGUCCACCGGCGUGGGAGGCAAAGUCAAGAGAGCCCUUGGUCUACAAGAGCCGCUAAACAACCCUCUGAAUGGGAAGGUCUCUGAAAUUGCUACACACCAUGAGGCAGAUCCAACAGUGUCUGGUUGGUUGAAUGAAGCGAUUCCUUCAGGGUCUCAAGUGCGGUCGUACUUUGUACGUCUAUUUCCUUUCAUGGGAUGGAUUUUGCACUACAACAUGAAAUGGUUUCUCGGCGAUUUGGUUGCCGGUAUGUAG